CAAACUGAGGCACACACACACACACACACACACGCACUCACACACAAACGCACUCACACAGACGGACUCAAACAGACGGACAGACUUUACUGCCUCCAUGCCGGAAAACACAGAAAUGGCAGAGCCGAAACCCUCCAAGAAGAACCUGAAAGAUGAAGGGAGUGUGGAAAAAAAGAAGAAGAAGAAGAAGACGAGGAGUAAAGAGAAGAAGACUUGGGCUGAAGAGGGGCAGCCGGAUCCCUUUGAAGUUCUGGAUGCCCUGCCCGAGUCCAAGCAGCAGGAGAUCCAGAGGGCCCUGCACCUCUUCUCUCUGGGUCAGGCCCCCCCCAGGAGCCUGGCUGAGGCCCGCAGGCACACCUACCGCUUCUGGAACACACAGCCCGUGCCCAAGAUAGGUGAGGAGGUGAAGGACCACGGCCCGAUACUGGAGCAGGAGAAAUGUGUCGCACGCGAGGAGCCGUUCUCACUGCCUGAGGGCUUCAGCUGGGCCACCCUGGAUAUCCAGAACCCCGCACAGCUGGAAGAAUUGUGUUUGCUGCUGAAUGCGAACUACAUCGAGGAGGAUGACAACACCAUGCGAUUUGUCUUCUCCCCACAGUUUCUGCUAUGGGCCCUGUGCCCGCCUGGUUGGCAGUGUCAGUGGCAUUGUGGGGUGCGGGUGAACUCUAACCAGAAGCUUGUGGGCUUCAUCAGUGCCAUCCCGUCUACCAUCCAGACCUAUGACACGGAGCUUCCGAUGGUGGAGGUGAACUUCUUGUGUGUCCAUAAGAAGCUGCGGUCCAAACGGGUGGCUCCGGUUCUGUGCCGGGAGAUCUCCAGACGGGUCAUGCAGCAUCGGAUCGUCCAGGCUGUCUACUCAGCCAGCAAUGUGCUGCCCAGUCCCACUGCCACCUGCAGGUACUGGCACAGAUCAUUAAACCCGCGGAAGCUAAUUGAGGUGAAUUUCUCCUCCCUGGGCUGGAACAUGACUGUGCAGCGAGCCCUGAAGCUCAACCGCCUGCCAGAGGCCCCUAAGACCCCUGGCUUGCGGCCCAUGAGGGCAGAGGAUGGCCCCGCGGUUCAGACCCUGCUGGAGGAGUACCUGAAGAGGUUCCAGCUGCGUCCCAAAUUUAGUGAGCAGGAGGUGCUACACUGGCUCCUGCCCCGAGAGGAGGUCAUCGACACCUACGUGGUGGAGAGCCCUGAGGGUGUUCUGACAGACCUGUUGAGUUUCUACACAUUGACCUCGGCGGUGCUGAACCACCCGGUGCACCGGAGCCUGAAGGCAGCCUUCUGCUUCUACUACGCCCACACCGCCACACCCCUGCCACGGCUCAUGGAGGAUGUGCUGCACCUCGCAAAAGCGAGGGGCUUUGAUGUGUUCACUGCCCUGAACGUGAUGGAGAACGGGAGUGUCCUGGAGCAGCUGAAGUUCAGUCCUGCAGAGGGACACAAGCAUUACUACCUCUACAACUGGAGGUGCCCUACCCUGGCUGCAGACAAGGUGGGCUUAGUGCUGAAGUGAUGGAGUGUGUGUGUGUCGGAGGUUUCAUGAAUUUAUGGAUUGGAUCCCCUGCAUUAUUUAUCAUGUAUUUGUUCAUUGGGACACACACAUACACACGCACACACACACACACACACACACACAUACACACAUGAAUACACACAUAAACAAACACAGAGGUUGUCAUAGUAAACACUGUUGCAUUUUAUUGAUUUGGCAUUAUUUACUUUUGAAUUACACCAUACAAAACUAUACAAUAAAAUAGCUGGUGGAUAAACUGCAGUGUUGGAGUGGAUGUUGGUCAAUUAAUCAGGUUCAAAGCGGGCACCUGUGAAGAAGACAAAAAGACAGUUUUGAAGGCUUGGUUUCUUUGAUCAGAAGUGUGGUGAUUCUUUCAUGACAACCGUAAUACUGAAACAUCGAAACAUUGAUGAAUGCAAGGUUCUUAUUUAUACUAAGUAUCCACCUGACAGUGUUUUUAUGUUAUUAUGAUGCAUCACCUUGGUUGUGUCUGUUUGUGGAUACUUUCUCAGACGUUUCGUAUAUUCUCUUGUCACCUGUAGGAAACAAUACACACUCUUAUCUCAGUAAAA